UUUGAGUUGAAUAAAAUUUUAAAAAGAGUCAAAAUCAAGUCGAAUUUCAUUCAAAUUAAGAAAAAAUGAAAUUGUUUAGUUUUUUUGUGUUAGUGAUUUUUGGUGUGACAGCAUCAAAUGCCACUUUUCACCGCAAAAAUAAUUUUAAACAUUUUCAAUUCACGAUGGAUGUGAAUGGUUUUCACAAUCAUAAUCAUGGUCUUGCAUUUCAUCAACUUAACGGACAAUUUGGGCCUCCACCACCGCCAUUGCCGAUGUACGGACCACCUCCGCCACCAGUUUAUGGACCACCGCCAUUUCCACACUUCCAUCAUCAUCCUCAUCAUCAUCCGCAUCACAAGCAUACACCGGAUUGCAAUCAUAAGCCCGAAGAAGAUGGUAUGGCUAAUACAAAUACAAUGUCAAUCCCACCGAUUCCAUACAAUCCAAGCAUGAACCACAAUCCAAUGCCAUUCAUUCCAAAUAUAAACAAUCCAGUGCCUUCGAUCACCAAUCCGCUUCCAUUCAACCCAACUAUGAUUAGUCCUUUUAAUUUUAAUCCAAAUUUUCCGUUCAAUCCACAAAAUUUCGGCAAUCAAAAUUCCAAUACAUUUAACGGUGGCUACAUUCCUUCGAAUACAUUUGAAAACAAUAAUAAUAAUAACAAUUUGGGAUAUGAUUCAAACAAUUCAGUGAACAAUCCAACAAAUUUGCCAGCCGAUCCACUUCCGACAUCGGAAUCAACAUACGAUACAAAUACCAUUCGACCGCUUGAUGCAAAUACAGUAUUCUAUCCAAGUGGUCUGAGCACGAGCACGCCAAGCAUUUUCAACGCUGACAAUAAACCUCAAUAUACAAGUGAAGCAGCAGGUCCAACCGAUGCCACCACAAGUCAAUUCGCAACGAAUAACAAGAAUAAUGACAAUAAUUAUAAUGGAAACGAUGCAGCAAUAGCGACCAACAAUGACACUGAUAUUACCAAUAAUAACCAGCCGAUUGUGCCGGGUGUCAGUGAACCGACAGUAACACCAUCAUCAACUCAAGGCAAUUACAACGGGCUCGACUACGACAUCGACGUACGAUUCGGUGACUCAAAACCAAACAAUAGCUCCAAUCAAAAACCAGUGGACACAAUCAAGUAAUGAACUUAUGAAAGAUGCACAACUCAAUUGAUACUGAUUCUUCGAUAUCAAUGAGAAAAAAAAAUAACAAAAAAUUCUAGUUGUAAUAAGUCGACCUUUUUUUGCACUAUAUUGUGACGCAUAUUUACGCCAAUAAGUAAUCAUGAUUCAUUUCGAUUUUCGGUUUUUUUCUGUUUGAAGACCUUUAGAAAUGACGUGUGAUUGUGGUUUUUUUUUUGUACGUUUCCUAUGAAACAAUGUAUUUAAUUUUUAAAAUUACCAAUUUCCAAAUUUAUUAUUCAUGUUUGACAUCGACCGCGAAACAUACGAAAUAAAUCGGUUUGAAUUGUAUUGCAUUUUA